CGGUGAGGGAGCCUCGCUUCGGGUGAAUUCUGCGGAAGCAAAAUUGUGAGUUCACACCGAGAUCAAGCCUUGGAGCACACCGCCGAGCACGACCAAGUGGAAAGCACAGGAAUUCGAACAACCGACAUAACAUGCAAACUUCGCACCUCGACUCAUGAUCAGCUCUCAGAACUGAGCAAGUCGCAUAGUACCUCGUCAUACUGCCGUAGUCUUUCAGCUACAUGCCUACCUGAUUCGGUGCGGGUCGGAUCCAUCUUCGAUUCCCGUCAUCCGGAACGAACAACAGAACAUUCAUAACUCUGUGUGGUCUCUGCUAUCAUAAUGGACGCGACCACCCUAUUCGAGAAACGCGAAGAGGGAGAAGGACAGGGAGAACUCAUCUCGCUCGAAGUUCGGAGAAGCUCGACUACAUCUACCUCUACAGCGACAUCUGCGUCGAAAAGCAAUUCGAGGGAUGUGGAACAGUCGGAACCUCUGAUUUAUCGUGGACCUGGUGCUGGUGGAGAGACGGGCUUGGAUGAUGGGACAGAGACAGGGCAUGGUGGGGAUACGGAUCUGGAUCUGGAAGCGUUGAAAGAGGUAGCGGGUCGGAGGAGGGAGAGCGAAGAUCAAGGACAGCCGUCGAAAGUUUCACCUUGGAUCAUGAUUCCAUUAUGGCUCACACUCAGUAGCUCGGUGAUCAUCCUGAACAAACACAUCUUCACGAGCUUGCAUUUCCCAUACCCGGUGUUCUUGACGGCGUUUCAUAUGGCUGUAGCGACGGCCGGAACCCAGGUUCUGAGGUAUACGACCAACCUGAUGGAUCAGAUGAAUCAUCAGCCCGUCUCCUUCCAAACGUACACUACGGCCAUCUUGCCACUCGGGGUCUUGUUCUCCGCUUCGCUCGUGUUGAGCAAUACGGCCUAUGUCUACCUGAGCGUCAGCUUCGUACAGAUGCUCAAGGCCUUCAUCCCAGUCGUCGUACACCUCAUGUCCUAUGCCAUCGGAUUGGCCGAGAUGGACACCACGAUUGCGAUCAUCUUGGGGAUGAUCAGCACCGGGUGCGUGAUCGCGGCGCUGGGAGAGUUGAAGUUUUCGAUGUUUGGAUUCGUGUGCCAGGUGUUGGCCGUCGUCGUCGAAUCGGCUAGAUUGGUGGCGGUACAGUUGAUGAUCGGGAACCGCAAACUGUCCCCUCUCGUCCUCGUUUAUCUGGUCGCACCGCUGUGCUUUGUGAUGAUCGCGUUUUUACAACCGUUGAUGGAGGGAAGCGCGGCAUACGACGACCUACCCAACGUCGGCGUUCCCAUCCUCGCCCUUAGCGGAGGGCUGGCGUUUGCGCUCAAUGUCGCUGGAGUGUAUUUGAUCCAUUCGGCGGGGAGUCUGGUGUUGACGUUGUCCGGCGUGCUCAAGGACAUUAUCCUGAUCGUCAUGUCCGUCAUCGUCCUGCAUUCGGUAAUGACGACCACUCAAAUUCUAGGAUAUGGGAUCGCCUUGGUAGGACUCGUGUGGUUCAAGCAGAAAGGAUCGGGUAAUCCCUUGACGAACCUGAAGAUCUGGGUGGACGAGAAGUUCGGCGAGGAACGGAGAGCACGGUACUUGCCAUGGCUUUGACGAUGUGAGGGAUACAUGGGACUGGAAAACAUGAACAUAACGUAGAUGGGAAUGGUAGAGAUAACGGAGACGAGAUGACACACGCAUACUGUAAAGACUAGAUUGAUGAUUUGCGACGAUACACAUGAUACCCUCUUGUCUACUGAAGCCACG